AUGGAAAUCAAUAAAACAUUCUUAGAAUAGCUUAAUCAAUAAAAAAAAAAUAAAAACACUUUUGAACUGAACGAAUCAGAUGACGAUAUCGAUAGUUGUCCAUUUGAUACAGCAAACAAUAAUUAAAAUGCUCAGUAAGUAAAAGAAGUAAUUCGAUCAGAUUCUCUAACCUUUUUAGAUGAUUUUGAAUCUAAAAAAUCAAAGGAUUCAGUACCAAAAGUAUCCUAUAAACCAACAGGUAGCUCAGCUAAAAGCUUAAUAGUAUUAGAAGUAAAGCCUUAUAGCGGAGAACUAAACUUAAUCUCUUUUUCUGAUCAAAUUUUCGAUAAAGUUAAAAUAGAAGGAUUGGUGUGGAAUAGAGAAGUAAAAAUAUUACCUAUCUCUUUUAGUUUGAAAAAAAUAUAAGUAAGAUGUGUAAUUGAAGAUGAUAAAGUUAUUGUAGAUGAUUUAAUAGAUUAAAUAAUAAUAUUAGAAGACGUAUUUGUUGAUAUCAUAUCAUUUACUAAGGUUUGA